CAACCUCAAUCCUAGAUUCUAGAUUGCGGUCAAGCAAGGAGAGCGGGAAUAAGAGCGUCCCUCGCUGGUACUUUCUUUCUUGAUACAAACUUUAAUUCUAAACAGCAUUUUACACAGUUGCCUAUAAUAGGAAAUGCUCAAAGGUAAAUCAACGUCAUUAAACACUGACUGUAGCUUUUUAUGGGGAGAGAAGCAACGGUGGUGGACCUACUAAACGCCCUAUCCAUUGUAUCGGUCUGUAGAAUGCUAAUCAAAUCACAGGAAAUGUAUUCGAUAACAAAGUAACAAAGACAUAGAUUUACUUCCAUACUAAUGUGUGUUAGAAGUACCACUUAUUAAUAAAACAGGAUGUGUCUCACCACACAGUGACUCUGCAAGCACAUGUAGCAAGUAACCUCUGGUUAAUAUACUUCCUGUUUGAUCAAAAUAGCUGUUAAGAUUGACAUACAGGCAUUCAAAACGCUCAGAAAGACCAAGCACUCGUAGGGGUAGGACGAAAAGGAACUCUGAAAACAGUUUGGACCAGAAUAUGGCUGAGGUGAUUUACGCCAGGCCCAACAUGAUGACCAAGGCCAGGAACACACAAGGAGAGAGAGAGGAGAGGAUAGUGGAGAUCUACGCUAGUAUAGAGAGCAUCAGAGAUCAACACCAGGACUAUGUGGGGACAGAGGAGUCCUCCAAUACUCUGGGAACAGUAAGCAGUCAGCAGCCGGACCCUGUGAGCCCUCCUCAGUGGCCGAUCAGGGCUGUGGUGGUGCUUCUGGUCCUGCUGUCUGUUGCCCUGCUGGCUGGACUCAUUGGGUUUGUGGUGCAACACAACAUAGUCAUGGACAUUGACAGAGACAUGGAGCAAAUUCCCAAAAGGCUGAAUAAUUUGACAGAGCAGAGAGACACACUGCUUUGCCAACAGGACUGCACAGUUGGUUGGACUAAGUUUGGUUGUAAGUGUUACCGUCUUUCCAAUGUGCUGGGAUCCUGGAAUAAGACCAGGGAGUUCUGUGUUUCCAACGGAGCAGAUCUUGUGGUUGUGGACGAUAAGGAGGAGCUGGACUUCACUAGAAGGUACAAAGGGAACAAUUGGCUCGGAGCGACAGAUGAGGCCAGUGAAGGGAUGUGGAUAUGGGUCGAUGGGACCGUCCUGUCAGUGGAUAACCCCUCCUGGAGAAGAGGGAAACCUGAUGGUGACAUGGAUAAGAACUGCUUAAAGAGGAUCGGGGAGGAGACCAACUUAAAAUGGACAGAUGAGAGCUGUGAAUUCAGAAACUUGGGGAUUUGCGAACUUAAUUUAAUGAAAUGAUUGAUGAAAACAUUCCUUUGUGACUAUUUUUCUAUAUCUUAAUGCCAACAGACGUUGUUUGUUUUGAUUCAUACUUGUCGAGUUCUGCCAUUCGAUAAGAGCUGUGAUUGGCUGCAAGGUGCUCCUUAAAAGAUGAUGACAUGCAGACUUCCCUGGUCACUGAAAGAGCUGUACAUAGAUGCUUUUCUUGUUGCAUUAUUUUUUUUCAAUGUUCCCACAGUUGUUGUGUUGGAGGCUGAGGUUAGGCAGUAAAGAGUCAUGACAGACAUUGGCUGGAUUUCAGUUGCUGCAAACCACACUAGUUCUCUAUUUAGGGCUGCAUUUGCUAACUUUGCCUCCUCAGCUAAUUAUUUUUCUGUUGAAAUGUAUCUUGACUUUGUCACAAUGUAGUGUGAUCACAACAAACCACUUGUGUAUAAAUUAAUUGUUUGUUCUACGGUGUUCAGAGGAACAGUAGACUUCUGUCCUGGUGUCUGACUUGGUCUCUUUGAACAGACAUUGUUGAAAGGGAAAAUGAUAUUGAUUUUUAUUUACUAUUCAGAGUCAAGAAAAAAUAGUGUUCUGGUGCCGCCCCGGCUUAGAACAGAUGCAUCUUAAAUCGAAUGUUUCAGUCAUUCACGUAUCUGUAAUUAUUGCAGUUACAUUAUUAAGGCUUUGGAUAAAGCAUCCGCCAAAUGAUCGUACAAAUCCUGUUACUUGGGGCCUGAGUUCACUAUAUAUACACUAUCACCUAGUUUGACUUUGGCGUAGACAUAAUUUUCUCUCCAGUGUCAAAGUGAAACAUUAUCAAAUAUGCAGUUUACGGUCAUUCUGCAGCUGCUUAUGACAGGUCAAGGGUCAUCGAUGUAGAAUGCAUUCCACCCGUUAUAGUUGUGAUAAUACAUAAAAAAAAUCGAAUGGGUUUCUUUCUUUCUUUCUUUCUCCUUGCAUGGGUUAAGUGUAAAGAGUCAUUGGCUGGUUUCCAGUUGCUGCAAACCACACUCGUUCGUUAUGGCUGCCUUUGCCUUUGUCCCCUCAGCUAAUUAUUUACUUGUAUUUCUGUUAAAAAGUAUCUUGACUUUGGUACCAUGUAGUGUGUCCCACGUGUAUCAAAGCCCUCGCCGCCCUCCUCCAGACGGAUCCACAGCGCCCCCGGGGACUGUUGAGGUCGUUCGUGGUACAGCAGCCUGGGGGGCCCGGGAGGCACGGCCUUGCGGUCCGCGUUCUGGGACGACGGCGGCAAACCCGGUGGUCCCGCCCGCCGACCACAUGGCGCCCCCUCGCGACCCACGAUGACUCCUCCUCCUACGGCCGGCUCUGUAACAAAAGAGCACCGUGAGGAAGAGGAGGAGCGCGAGGAGGAGGAGGCAGACCACCAGCAGGGCGGUCGCCAUGGCCGCCAUCCGGUCACCGCCGCCUUCGCCCGGUCGUGACGCCGUAGUCAACGACGACGUCUGGUGAGGAGGGUUGCAACCAGAGGGUUGGGAGCGGGUGACGGAGGAGUUUGGGGAGGUGGUGCAGUCUGCGGGGGUGGAUGCUCCAGGUACGGGGGCUGUGGGGGGGUCCGCGGCCCCGCCCCGGUAAAACGCCGGGCUCACCCCGCCGUCUGCGCCGCUCAUCUCCGCCCACACCAGGUGCCAGGCUGUUGUGGUAUGGUUCUUCCACACGCUACUGAGGCUCCUGUUUGGGAAAUCAAUAAAUUCUUAAAUUUCCAAUAUGUCUUGUUUCUUCAAACUUCAAUAAUCCAAUCCACCAAACGAGUCAAUGGGAGAAUAAACUGUUUGGCAAUGGCAGAAAAGAUUUGGCUAAUUUUUCAUGGGCGCAACCCACAUACUCAGCGCUGCUGCUCAUCCCACAAAUGCAUCCCAAAAAGCAUUGUUACCACAGAGAAAUAAUCACACAAAUUUCCUUACUUUUUGUGCUAAGUUUAUUUACCUGUAUAUCUGUAUAUUCUGAGAAACUCUCCAAUCCAAAAUGCAUGGGUUUGCAUUUCGUUCUGUGCAGUACGAAUAAUGUCGGACAAUCUGGUCUGGGACACGACACGAUUACUUUCCGUGAGCGUGAGAACAAAAGGUUUUUGAGGAGGUCUGCUGUAAAAAACAGGGAAAUCAGAGUAUCCCUAAUACACUAUUUACCCUUUGAUGCAUUUGUUCUUUUGACACAUACAUAAGUAGAGGGUGCACUGUACUAUCUGCGCACACCCCUUCUGUGGUCGAAGAAAAUAUCCCAAUUGAAAGGCAAUGGAUUAAAUUUCGUCCUGUGUAGCACAGUUAUUUUUUAUUUAUUUUCAGUUUUUAAGGA